AGUGACAUUUCGGCGUGACUUUUGUGAUUGAUUGCCCACAAUGAGACAUGCCCACAGAAAGCCAUGGCUUCUCUUCCUGCUCAUGGUAGCUUCUGACCUGUGCUUCAUCCAGACGGUUCGCAACCGUGCACAUUCGAGCAUCGCCCUGAAGAGCAUUGGCAACAGUCAGGAUGGAAGACCAGCACUACGUCCUCCGUUUCGGUUCCACACAUUGGCAAGCGAGGCUGCUAUAAAAGAAGGUCUGGAAGUCGAGCAGUAUUUAUCCAAUGUGUUGCAACGGCAAGAUGACUUCAUGAAAACCAACGAAGUGGUUGACAGGGGCGAUUUUUUAGAGUCACUCCGGCAAGCAAUGCGCUCAACACAAUUGUCACUCGUACUUGGAGGGAAAAAUCUCGGCAAGACGCUGAUGCGCAAGCGAACCGUGCGCGAGCUUGAAAACGAGCCCAACGCAAACCUGACGUUCAUGGAUGUGAACAUGAGGGAGCAGCCCAGCAAAGAGCUCUUCAAGGCUAUCUUGGGCAGAGUAGCAUCCAAACGCUCUGAUUGGGCUGGAAUCCUGCAAAAGGUGGCUUCAAGCCUUGCGAGUGCAGUAGCAAUUGGCACGAAUCCGGGGGUCGUAGCGCCAGCCGCUGCAACACCGAUAUCUGCUGCAGUAAAAGUGCUAGUCGACUCAUUGACAUCGACUGACAGGGAGCAGACCUUGUUGGAGCUAAUAGACACCUUCCGCACCGAAGGCAAUGACACAUGCAUCCUCGUGGACGAGGCCAAUAUAGCAUUGCCAGCAGGUGAGGACCCGGAGAAUAUCCACAAUGCGAGGCAAGCAUUGCAAUACUUCGUCAUGCUUACCAAGGAAGCAAAAAAAACAGGCGUGGUGCUCAUCACUUCAGACUUUGGCUAUCCUUUCCGGCUUCGCAACUGCGGCAUGAACCUGCAAGAUAUCCAACGCAUCAUCAACGUGAACGAAGUGCCCAAAGCGGACAUGCUGCAGCUCAUGGUGGACAGAUGGGGCAUGAGUGAGGACCUCGGAAAGGAGUUCUUCAGCUACUUCGGUGGAAACAUUGAUCUUUGCUCCGCAGCAGUGAAGGAGUUGGCAAGGAAGAGGAGUGCUUUGGAUCCAUUUUGCAUUGUGGACUGCCCGGGCUUACCAGCUUGCGCUGCUGACCCUGAUGCAAAGACACAUUUGCAAAACAUGCUGGAACAGGGGUGGUCUCCAGUUUACAAUCUGAAGCUAGAUGCUGCUGCAAAGCUCAUCGCUGAAGAGAACGUAGGUGGCAUCGUUGCGAAGAGGUCAGAGUAUUUUGACCAACCCGAAAACAUGUGGAAUGGAAAUCAUGAAUUUGCCCUUGUACCAUCGGGCACGCUGAUGAGAUGGAAGAUUGGGAAGGAGCUGGCAAGGAUGGAGAGCAUGGAGAGCAUUGGCAAAGUUGCCUCGCAACCACCCCCAGCAGUGUGGGUCUGUCAGCUGGGAAGCCCUGAUGGCAAGGACUUUGAGAUCGUCGGCAACGCAUUCAAAAUCACUGCUAGUGUUUCAGAUGUGGAUGACUUGAAGAAAGCCAUCAAGCAGGAGAAGCCAAACCGAGUCAUAUGCGAUGCUGAUGAAAUUGACAUUUACAGCAAAGAGGACGGCCGCUGGGUCAAGGAAGCCAAGAUGUCAGCAAGUCUGCACAACACAGAUGAGGCAGACUGCUACGGAUUCAUGUUACCAGCUGGAGCUGCUGGAGCCGCAUAGCUUGAGGCUACUGCUAGCUGUGGUCACUUGCUAUUCUCGGCUGAGGCAAUGCUGGGGCACAACGUUUCACGUCGUGCAGUGACAAAGGGUGCAGUCGCAGGAGCAAGGCUCUGAUACCAUGCUCUUUGUUGCUGUGGGUUACGGCGCCGCCAAAACAACGGAGCAACUUGGCCUCCAGUUUCCAACCUCUUUUUGCAUCGCCUUCAAGUGUUCCACUCGAAUGUUUGCCUGACAUUUUGCGAUACCCGACGUCCAUGAAUUAGAAACAGGAUGUUGAAUUUGGGCGUUGGUGUUGGGAGCUGGGUUUGGCCUGUUCAAAUGAUGAGGGAUGCGAGGAUCUAAAUUGCACGUGUGACACACGUUCUUUUGCAUCCAUGAGUUUGCCGUACCGCUUCGAGUCGAAUGGCCUGAAGGAUGAAGAUCUUCCACGCGUUACAUGCGUCUUCAGUGACCUAAGCUGCCUCACCAGAUGCCACCUAGCAGCCGCUCGCAGAGGUCAUGCGUUUUGCCAAAGCCAGAGGUCGUGAACGGCGGUUUUCGGAGGACGACAACAAGCUGCAUUCUGGUGUUAGUUUGACGCUGCGGAGCAGCGCGUGGCUUGCUCACAACUUCCCCUGGAGCGGUUGUCCGCCGGAUACUG